AUGUACCAGAAUGGCGGUGCUGAGGUACGCGCAGGGCCCCCACCGUGAUCAGCCUGUUCACCCUGAUUACCCUGAUUACCCUGAUUACCCUGAUGGCAAGGCUGAUAUGAUGGCAGAUGAGCGGCUACCCAUCCGCAGUGAACCAGACGCAGACACAGGCGCAGGCACACGUACAAGCGCAAACACAGGCACAGGCACAGGGACAGGCACAGGCACAGGCACUUUCCAACACGGCUCUCUCCCACACGACUCUCUCCCACACGGCACCACAAAGCCUCGGCGCCAUCGACGGCUUCAAUGGACUGCAGGUGCCCCUGAUGGACGGCCUGUCCAUGGACAUGGACAUGGAUAUGGACAUGGCGCUGGGCACCGACACGGGCAGCAUCAACAACGACGGCAACAGCAACAGCAACAUGGUGCUGGCACACGACAGCGGCUUGACGGGCGCCGGCGCCGGCCCGCUGCCCACGGGCUUCGGCGCGCCCAACAUGAACCCAUCCGGCAGCACGCUGACCGAGUUCACCAAGCGGCGCAACUGGUCGCAGCGCGUGCUUGAGGAGCUGCGAGACCUGCUGCACAUCCUCACGCCCAACGGCCGCAUCCUCUAUGUGUCGCCGUCGUGCAAGGCGCUCACCGGCUGGGACCCCGCCCAGCUCAUGGGCCGCUUCAUCAACGAGUUCAUCCACCCCGAGGACAUUGGCAUCUUCGUCAAGGAGUUCAACGAGUCCAUCGCCUCGGGCAACUCGCUGCGCUUCUUCUACCGCUUCCGCAAGUCAGACGACUCUUGGGCCAUCUUCGAGUCCCACGGCCACCCGCACCUGUCCAGCGACCCCAGCUCCUUUGCGCCGCCCAACGCCCUCAACUGCCGCGGCUUCUUCAUCAUGGCCCGCCCCUACCCCACCAAGAAUGCCGCCCUGCUCGACUCCUUCCUCGAGCACAAGAUCGAGAACGAGCGCCUGACCAAGCGCAUCGCCGAGCUGAAGCGCGAGGAGCAGGACGAGCACGACGACUGGGCCAAGAAGACGACUGAGAGCCAGUCUGGCGCCCCCACAGAGUCGGUCAUCACCCAGAGCCUCAACCCCAGCGACGCCGCCUCGUAUGCCCAGAUGCCGCCCCCCGCCAAGCCCAGCAUAUCCAACACCGCCCUGACACGCCAGAACCUCGACGAGGUCUUGGCCGCCAACCGUGCAGAGGACAUCAGCGACAAGAUGGCCCGCUACGAGGGCGCCAACCACCUGGAGACGAUCGAGAUGCUGACCGGCCUGCGCUAUCGAGACGGCGAGCGCUCACAGGGCAUCAGCACGGGCGAUGCGAGCCCGCUGCUUAUUAGAGGCGACGCUGGGAUACAGAUCUCGCUGGACCGCGAUGGCCGGGGGCCGUCUGAUAAAAAGAAGAAACUUAAGCUUGCGGAUGAAUACGUGUGUACCGACUGCGGCACGCUAGACUCGCCAGAAUGGAGAAAAGGCCCCAACGGGCCCAAGACGCUGUGUAACGCGUGUGGACUGCGGUGGGCGAAGAAGGAAAAAAAAAAGGCCAAUCCGAACACCCCCGGCCAUCACUCGACAUCCACCCCCGGUCUGCCCAUGCACCAAAGCACCGGCAGCAGCUAG